AUGAUCCCCGUGUGGUAUUUUGUGAAUGCGAUCUUCGAUGCCAAGGACGAAGGGGACACGUACGUCGGGAGUGUAAGCAGCUUUUUGAUGCUUGGUCUUACCGUUUUUCAACUGCUCGAUGUCUUUGUCACGCCCAUCCCGUUCCGCCUCAGCCACGUCUUUCCGGUACCAGUGUACAGCAUGUUCAUUUCCUUGGUAACGAUGCUGCGCUUUCGAGAACGCUUUUCUACCGCCGUCGUGCUUUUCGUCGGGCUCGGGGGGUUGGUCGUGGGGCUCGCCCUGCAUUUGGUGGGACGCCUUGCGUAUCUCGUGGUACAUAUUCACCGCGUCACGUCGGACAACAUGAUGCCGCCGGUGAUGCCGCCGGUGAUGCCGCCGGUGAUGUCGCCCGUUAAGUCGCCGGUGUCGCCGCCACCACCUUCCGGGAGCAGCAUCCCUGAGUUUUAGUACAGUAGUGGCCACACUACCCUUCGAAGGGUAGUUUCGGAAAGACUCGAUGGAUGUGAUGUGUAUGAGUUGAGGGAAUUGCAAGAAAGAGAUUAAAAGUGACAAUUUUAAAA